AUGGUCGCUGCAAGGACGGUCCUGCUGCUCUCAAUGCUCCUCACCUUCUCCCUGCACCACGCUGCAGCCCACUUCACAGCCACCGAAUGCUGCUUCGAGUACGCCCAGAAACGUGUCCGAUACCCGCAGAGUUUCUAUAAAACGCCCAGCGACUGCUCCUUGCCUGCAGUGGUGAUUGUGGCUGCCAACGGUGCCAAGGUCUGCACUGACCCCAAGAAGCCCUGGGUGAAGAACGUAAUGAAAAAGCUGCAAGGGAAAAGAUGA